UUCCGGUGUCGUACUCUUCGCAGUUUUAGCUGCUGUUAAAAUCGUUCAUAGUAUAAUUUGGUUAAUAUCCACUCAUUAAGCAUAGUGAGGGAUCACAAGAUACAGUUGUUUCAUAUUUAUAUGACUGCCUGCACACAGACCUCGCCCCCAACUAAUCAAUUGCGCUUGCGCGGGAUUACACGUGUGGACAAAAACACGACUGACGGUUUCAUGCACUGGAAAAGGAGUACUGAAACUGCAACCAAUCUACUAGUACACAAGAACCCAGGAUGUUGCGGUCAGGAUUCUUCUUCACAUUGCCCCAUACGUGACACAUCACCAUAUUAGCCCCCUGCUGGAGUAGCAAUGGGCAUCCUGAGAGCUGUGGCCAGCACCAUGGGCAGGAUCAGCACGUUCAGGUCUUACCAGAUGGUUCUGCUUCUUGCAGCAGCGCUGGCCGUCGUAGCCUUCUACUACUUUGGGUCUGAGAGGCAGAACUUCUCCAGCACCACCAAACGCAUCAAGCAGACCCAGGCCAGUCACAAUGCCAACAGGAACGACGCCGACCUCUCCCUGGACACCAGGCUGGAGCGCCCGGGGGAGGGAGGGGGAGAGGAGGAGAGAGAGGAGGACGAGGACGGGAGCAGGAGGAACAACAGCGGAGCGCACGGGGACGGCCGCUACCACGUGCUCAUGAUGUUCACCAAGGUAGACAAGAGCCGCAGCCUGCAGGAGAAGUUCCGCGUGGCCAUGUUGUCCCUGGUGAAACACGGUCGCUUCCUGGAAGGCGAGCGGCUGGUGCUUCAUUUCGUCACGGACGAGCUGAGCAGAGAGCUGGGGGAGAGGAUGCUUCCGCAACUGCUCCUGGACUCGACCUUUCAGUACGAGGCGGUGUUCCAUGACGUGGAGGCGCUGACCCAGAAGCUGUUCCCCAUCGUGGAGGCCAUGCAGAAGCACUUCAGCGCCGGCUCCGGGGCCUACUACAGCGACGCCAUCUUCUUCCUGUCCGUGGCCAUGCACCACAUCAUGCCCCAAGAGUUGAAGCGCAUGGUGCAGUUAGACCUGGACCUGAAGUACAGGACCAACAUCAGGGACCUCUUCCAGGAGUUUGGCCAUUUCCCUCCAGGAGCUGUGAUCGGCAUAGCCAGAGAGAUGCAGCCUGUCUACAGGCACACCUUCUGGCAGUACCGCAAGGAGCACCCCGGCACCCGGGUGGGCUCCCCGCCUCCGGACGGCCUCCCCGGCUUCAACAGCGGCGUGAUGCUCCUGGACCUGGAGGCCAUGCGGAGCUCGGCCCUCUACAACCAGCUCCUGCAGCCCGGCAGCGUGGCGCGCCUGGCCGACCAGUACCGCUUCCGGGGCCACCUGGGCGACCAGGACUUCUUCACCAUGAUCGGGAUGGAGCACCCGGGGCUGUUCCACCCGCUGUCCUGCGGCUGGAACCGGCAGCUGUGCAGCUGGUGGAGGGAGCACGGCUACGCCGAGGUGUUCCUGCUGUACUCGCGCUGCGACCGGCCCGUUCACAUCUACCACGGCAACUGUAACUCGCCCAUCCCGGACGACUGAGAUCAUGUUGGGGAGAGCCCCGGAGGAGACGCUUGGAUUGGAUCUCAAAUGGAAAGUUUGGAAUGUUCUUUGGGUUUUCGAUUGAUACUGUGGACCGUGUGCCCUUCUCUUUUUGUCGUUUUUAGGGGGGGGGGCUGUGGGCUUCAUUUGCCCCCCUGUGCGCUUCUGUUGGCCUGUUCCACACACACACAAGUAUGUAGCACAUACACAUGCCUGUCCCCUACACACACACACAAGCCUGUACCACACAUCACACCACGUCUGGACCAAAGAUAGACUUGUGGCAGCGAGCUGCAGUGAUGAAUACACACUGACCCACUUUCUAUGUCCUUACUCUGCCGGCGUAAGGGACGAGCCUGUUCAGUGUUCACGCAGGAAGAGGAAGAAGGAAGCUGACAUCGCGCCUCUGAGUAUCCGUUUCUGACAUUCUGUUCAAAUGUGCAAACUUACGUUGAGUGAGUUUCUGAAAUAUGACACGCGUAAUUUAUUCUCAGAGUGCAAGCUUCGACCGUAGCUGCAAGGUUUGAAGAUGGGGGGGUUUAAAUCGUCUUAAUAUGACAAUUGUAGAGUAUACAAUAGUCAUAAUGUACUGUGGCUGUCCUCUCUCUACACGCCUGCUCCAAUCACUAACGCCUGCUCCAAUCUAUGGUCCCUGUGUUGACCCUUGACCCUAUUCCAGGUCAGACCAAGUUAGUAUAAAUCCACCGACCUCUGAGUUGUCUCUGUACGGGUUUGGGUUGACUUCUUAAAAACACCUUUGGUGGCAUUUAUUAAAAAAAAAAAUUGUUUCAUUUGAUAGCUUGUAUAAAGCUUGUUUUCUGUGUGUGGUAGCUGUAUCCGUAUUCAUCUUGUGUGUUUCUCUGUCUUGGUCUUGUGUAGUGAGGCUCUUCUGCCUUGUGUUGUGUCGAUGGUGAGCUUGUGUGCUCGUCAUAUUGACUGAGCGAUAUUAGUUUUCACAUUCUGGAGGAGAAUUGACAUUCAGUUCACUCUCAACCCGGUAGAACGAGGAUCAGUCCACAUCCAGGGCCUCAUGACCAACGUCCAACAUCCAGGCGACCAAAGCUUGAAACUGUAUCGUAUUUACAGUAUAUAUGUUGGUGGAUUUUCCAUUGAAAGAGCUUCAUAUCUAAAUAAUUGACUUUCAGUAGGAACACAAUGUUUUAGGGGAUAUGUUUUGUAAGUCAUACGUCUUACCCAUAAUGCCAUUGUAUUCUUUAAGAGUGGAUGGCAUCUGACAAACACAAUCUUGGUUUAUCUGUGGUUGAUAUAAUAAAUGAUCAUAAAUUGUUUUUUGGUUUGUCCCCCCCCCCUGCCUUGCUGUAGAGUUAGAUGAAAAACGUGCAAUUUGAACAGACAUCCCUUCAAAUGCACCGGAGGGCCUGAUGGCCAGUUGACAGUAACAAUGGUGUUGGUGGACUCUGACACCCCAGCUGUGAGCCACAGUUCUGGGCUUGAGCUUGAGGGGGAAGUGGGAUCGGAAUGAGACACGCUGGUUCCCUUACACGGCUGCUGCCACUCUGCUUCUCAGAGAAAUGGAACGAAAGAACCCGAGCGAACACAAUUGUAUACUUCAAGCGUGAUUACAAAGCUUAAGUACAUACUUAUGGACGACACACUUUACGUAUCAAGUUGUCAUUAAGUAUGUAAAUAUAUGAAAUUAGUAUCUCAGUGUAGAGAAAUUUGAACAUAGUGCACAUGUAUUAAGCUCUUUAAAAGGUUUGUGGGCUGCAGAAUGACCGAUGGCGUAAACACCACUGGGUUCCUCGGCCCCUGAGGGAUAUUCUUCAUCCCCUAUAACUCUGUGUCGUAGAAGUACAGUACUGAUCUGCAUCAGGUAAUGUUCCAUAUCAGACCUGCUGGACAGCUGGCAGACGGUAGGCCGGUAAAAAAAAAAACAGGAUCGAAUGACUACACCGGGGGGUCUGCACUAGCAGGGGGGGCUUCUGUUGUGCUUCUCCUCCUCUGGCCUCGCUCCUGUGCUGAGGUGGCGGCGGGAGCAGGUCGAGCUCUUCCCCCGGCUCCAUGAUGAGGCUGCGUGUGCAGGCCAAGCCUCAGGACUCCCCUGGUGACUGGCUGCUCUGUGCACACACCCCGCCGGCAGCUCCGCCGGCAGGAGGCGGUUCCAGGCGAAGAAAAAGCAGGUCAGGAAGUCUGGAGAGGCUGUCCAUGUGCCAGCUCCUACAACCAGCCCCAGCAUGAUUAUGCAAGGAUACUGUGAUGGGGCCAGAAUAUAGACUGUUCUUGACCUGCUGGGUUUGGUACUAUAUUGGUCUCUGACUGGUUAAGUACUGUAUGAGGUUUCGUACUAUAUUAGAGAUGUGAUGGGUCCAGUACUAUAUCAAUACUCUUGUCUAGUACUGUGUGCUCUAAUAAGUCCAGUGCUAUUUCAUAAUGCUUCUCUGCCAAGAAAGACGAGCAAUUAUGCCACCUCUGCUCUCGGAGGCUUUGGUUUGCUCAUAUAGAGACAUAAGAACGAUAAAACCGGUUUAAAGCUGUGUUUCUGACCCAGUGUUGAAAACAUAUACGUAUGUAUAUAUAAUACAAACAAUAUACACUCGAACCAGACCAAUCACCAUACCGCAGAACACCCCAAAAGACUAAGCCGUCGUAAACAAUCGCAACUAAGAUCAGUUCUCAAAUGACAACGCGUCUGUCCACAGGAAGUCUUUUCUAACCAGAGGUUAGGGAUAAAAUGGAAAUCAACAUCACUUGGACGCAGACAGUGGCUGAUGCAGAAGUGGGUCACAUUCAACACGUGAAGCCUCCUGUUGCUAGGCAGCGAUCGCUGCAGCCUGUGACCCCUCCCGCUCGCACCCCGAGAUCGGCCACUGUCACACAACUAUCCGCGGAGACCCAAAAGUCGAAGCUCCACGCAUGCGAUGGAUUCUUUGUGGCGUCUCUAUGAAAUAAAGGCUUCUUUUCGGGGAGGAAGAAGGCCUGGUCACAAUCAAACGCUGUGUACGAAUACAGAAGUGUGAAGCAGAACUUGACGUGUAAACUCGACACGCUUGGCCGUGACUGGAGGACGCAUCCGCAAGCAGGCGGGAGGGGAUGAAGGUGAGGCGUUGUGAGGCGGAGAAGUGGGCAGCAGAGAGAGAGAGAAACCUCACAGCACUCAGGAAACAUCUGGCCUACAUUCCUCACAGUGGGGCACUAUGCCAACACACACACACUCCCCCUCACACACACACACUCACUCCCCCUCACACAUACACACACAGGCAUACACACAACACCUCUCACCACACACACACACACACCAGACCAGUAUCUUACAGGUACUACUAACACAAAACAAACACAACAAAAGGUAAAAACACAAUUUGCAUGGUCCUGGCCGAAAGACUCCCUACAGUGUGACACACAAAAUCAGUUUAAUACUUGAUGGGUUUUGAAGUGUGGGCAGGUCUGUGUGUUCUUCUUUCUGGACUAUCAUGGAUCUGCUCAUGUACCGUAUGUGUGUUACCAUGGAAACUGCGUUAGGGUGUCUUAGUCUUAUAUUUCCAGUAGGUCAUUCAUGACACAUGACACAAAUUCGUUUUGUAUAUUUAUAUUUAUUUGUAUUUACUUGCAUCUCUUGUAUACACCUUUUUCUUUAUGUAGAUAUGAGCUGUUGGCUCUUAUUACAGUUACUGAAAGUCAUUUCUGUUGUGGUCUUUAGUCACAGCCUGGAUUCAUUGGCCACACAGCUCAGGGAGACCCAGCUAUCAUAGAGAAAUGAAAGGGAGUAUUGGUCUGCCAAGACAUGCUUCACCUUCACCUACUUCUGUUCUUAUGUCUGUCUGUCUGUCCCCCGCCCCCCUCCCCCCAACAACUCCUGUCUUUUGAUUCCUUUGUUUCUUUCGUUGCUUUCUUCUUCCGAGUCUUGUUUUCAUUGCUGUCUUCUAGUUUCAUUCAUAUAUUCUCUUUUUCUUUUCUCUCUUUUUUCUCGCUCUUAUUCAAAGCUAGUAUUUACGUUGUGUCUCAGGAAGUGAAUCAUCUUUCCUCAAUAGCAGAUUUAUCAAUCGUUGACCUACAUACUGUCCACUGGCCUUUUUAAGGCCAUCCUUUCUAUCUCCCCCUUUCUUCCUCUCUCUCAUGCCUCCUCUCCGCUCUCUAAUUCUGCCUCUUUCUCAUCCUUUUCUCUCAUGGCUUGUUGAUCUUCCUUUGUCAUUCACUAAUGGUUUCCCUCAUCACUGUUUGAUGCAUGCAGACGUUUGAUUGAUAAAAAGGGCACUUGGCCAGCAUGCUUAGACAAAUAAAUAAUACUGAACAGUUUUUUUCUUCUAAAAAGCCUUCCUUUCUUCUCUGUCCCCUGCAUCAAACCCCCAUCUUUUAAUCGCCCUGUCUCUUAACAGCCCUGUCUCCUAACCACCCUGUCUCCUAACCACCUUCUGUCUUCUACUGCUGUCCUAGUCCUGCUAGCCCAGUUAGCAGUGAGACAGCAUCCUGUUACCAGUGAGACAGCAUCAUGUUAGCAGUGAGACAGCAUCCUGUUAUCAGUGAGACAGCAUCCUUUUAUCAGUGAGACAGCAACCUGUUAUCAGUGAGACAGCAUCCUGUUAUCAGUGAGACAGCAUCCUGUUAUCAGUGAGACAGCAUCCUGUUAGCAGUGAGACAGCAUCCUGUUAGCAGUGAGACAGCAUCCUGUUAGCCUUGUUAUCAUUGUGAUGGUGGGGAACUGGGAGU